GAGUAAGGCACUCGGGCAUUGCCUGUCAGAUAGGCACAACUUAUAGCUACAUUCUUCAAGCUACUAAAUAACAAUCAUACAAAUUCCAAGUUUUUGUUUUUGGUUUCUGAAAAAGCCUCAACAUGGAGGCCAGCAGCCACUCAAACAGUGAUAGUCGGGACGACAAUAAGUCCUUGGAUAGCUCGUUCUUCGAAACGCUGUGGCCCCUGAUAUUGGACGACAAUCAGUGUCGAGUGGAAAGCGAAUCCGUUGAAUUUUUCAUACCGCGCAUACCAUUCGAUUAUCUGCAUUGGCAUAGCAUGCUGGCCAAGGUUGGCUUUCCGCUAUAUGAGCAGCCGCAUGAUAUGCGAUGCUGCCAGGCCGCCAAGGACGAGGAGGACUUGGAGAAGUUGGCCGAAACUGAGGCCAAUAAAGCCACUGAAGAGCUCAAUGAAAAGGCUAUUGCCGACUAUCAGCCCAGCGGCUCGCGUGGCAUCGUGCGCAUUGACAAUGAGAUCAAGCACCAGUGCGAGGCGCAGGAGCACCGCCAGCGCUUGGCCUACUCCUUUGCCAAUCGCGCAUAUCCGUGGACCAUGCAAACACCAGUGCAGGAGAUCAGCUUCCUGCUCACGGACGAGGUGCGCGAUGAGUUCUUCUGUCCGAUGGAGCGUGCCAUCCUGGAGGGCAUCUAUCACUAUGACUGCAAGCUUAUGAUAAUUGAUGCCAGCACUGAGGUCUGCGCCGACGACUUCUUGCGCUGGACAAAGUUCCGUCGAUACGUUCAGAUGCUGUGUCUGGUGCGCUGUCCGCGUGUCCAGCGGCACCUGCAGCUCCUCAACGUUUUCCACACGUUGGUGAUAGAGGAAAAUAUGCGCAACUCUUGGCACGAGGAGCUUCACUGCUCCCUCCGCACGGGACUCAAAGAGGCCACAAGAUUGGAGCUCUUCAAAAACUGCGCCGAUGCAUUUGUUUUCAUUUUCUCGCGUUAUCGCGGUCUCUGCACUUGCGACACCUUCAAAAUUUUGCGCCGCACUUGAUUAUUGGCAAUCUAACUGACAAAUUUAUCUAUUAACUUGUUGAUUUAAUACGAACGAUGUCCAGUAUGAAAAUUCAAGUUUGUGUGUGUUAAGGUAGCUCUGUAGUGGCUGCCUCUAAUUAACCUAUGGCAUAGCCCCGCAGUGGCAAUCAAAGGCUUUCGAGUGCACACAAUUUACGGGGCGCAUGCACUUCCUGCAGCUGGCAUUGGGCGACUUGCAUCGACUGUUAGGAAGCAAUUGCCAACGCCUUGAGGAGCUGUCAAAUUGGUCGGAUAUAGACGUCUCAGUGUGCUUGUUGAGGCAUUCGGGGCCCUGCUGGUGGCUGUCACGAAUGCCAGCAGCGUCAACUUUGUCGGCCAUUAGCCCCGAAACUUGGUAGCAAGUUGUUAGCCAAGAGGAGCCAUAUUUCAUUUUCAUUUAUUAUAUUUGGCAAAACGAAUGAAAUUUACGAGAAAUCCGAACAAAUUACCACAAAAGCUUUACAAACUUGAGCUGAUUAUAAAAGUUGGUGUGAAAAAAAGAAGCCUGAACCAGAGCAUGCCAAUGCUACAACAAUGUCAUCCAGCCCCAAAGGUGCCGGAAUUUCGUUGCUUCAGCUAAACGUCGGAAUUGGGUGCGUUUAUAUUGUUGUUAAAAGUUCUGCUACUUUGACAAGUACAUACUGACAUUUGCGUGUGUACCAGAAUAUUCAAUAUAUAUUUACAUACAAA